CAGGACUGCCAGCGGGGAGGAUGGGGGAGCCGGCACCCCCACCGCCACAGGCAGCCCCCCAGGGAGCCCCCGGGAGCCUGCACCCCCGAUCUGACCUGCAGAACUGCCGCCGGGCGCUGCGGCGGAUGGCUGAGGACAUCCUGUUCCUGCGGAAGCGCGUGAGCUCGCUGGAGGCCGAGAACCAGCUGCUGCGUAGCUGCCGGGCCGAGACGCGGGCGGCCGAGGACAGCGACGACGAGGACCUGGAGUCCCUGCGGCAGAAGCUGCUUCAGAGAGAGCUGGACACCCAGAGACUGAGGGACAAGGUGCAGCACCUGCAGAACGAGCUGAUUCGAAAGAAUGACCGGGAGAAGGAGCUGCUGCUCCUGGGCCAGGCGGGCCAGGCCCAGGACGGGGCGCCGAGGCAGCAGCAGGGCAAGCUGCGGAAGGUGAAGGCGCUGGAGCAGACCGUGCGGCACCAGGAGCAGGUGAUCCAGAAAAUGGAGCAGGUGCUGGAGGGAAGGCUGCAGCAGGAGGCGCAGCAGAAGAGGCUUCAGGGCAAGCCCCCACCGGACAACCAGCCCCCGGACAUGUACUCAGUGCUGAUGGCAGAAAAUGCGCGUCUGCGGGCGGAGCUGGACAAGGGUGGCCGCUCGGCGCCCAUCAUCCUGCAGCAGCAGGCGCUGCCGGUGGACCCCGGGGAGUUGGGAGCAGGAGGCGAUCAGGCACAGAGGCCGCGAAACACGGAUGCCCAAGGCCGCCCCCAGGGCACAGAGACCCUGCCCGCACAGGAUCUCCUCGGCUCGUCCUCGUCAGACAAGCUUAGCCUCAUGGCCAAGCUGGAGCAAGCUCAGAGUCGGAUCCUGUCCCUGGAGAGCCAGCUUGAGGACUCUGCACGCCACUGGGCACGAGAGAAGCAGGGCUUGGCCACGCGGAUGCAGGAGCAAGGGUACGGCUUGAAGCCCCCCACAAGGUCCAUCCACACUGACCCGCCAAUCCUCUGAGUCACCCCAAAGCCUCGACGCCGCCCUGAAGCUGGGCCCCUCGAUGUCUGCCCCUGAGCCUAAUCAUCUCAAGCCUUCGCGUGUCCGGAUCAGAGUCCUGGAGCAGGUUCCCUCUGUGUGUACUGGGGCUCACCAACC